GAUUGUUGGAUUUUCUCUUUUUUACUUCUUAUAUUUAAUUUUUCCGAUUCCCAAUUUCUGAUUAAUCGGAAUGAUUAACAACCGUCGAUCUAAAGACGAGAGAUGAUGAUACAUGAUUUUUAAAUGAGAUCGAGACCGCCAUCAACGAGCUCCGAUGUUUCCCUUCGCGGUGGAUCUCUUCUGUAAACUCAUUCAGUCUCUGAUGUCGUCGUCGAGUGAUCAUCUACCCCCCGAAACGCCGCUGCUCGAUCAAGAGCAACCUCCCUCCGACGAAGACGACGACCUCGGUCAAACCCUCCAGUGGCUCGAGACCUUUCUGACCCUCCUCGGGUUCAACCAAUCUUCCACGCGGAGCCUUGCUCUGUCUUGGAUCGUGUUCUUGACGGUCGGUCUUGUGAUUCCCGUGACAGUGCUGGAGCUAGGGCAUUGCAGAGACUGCGAGAGGUAUCAGUACAAGAGCUUCGAGCUCAACAUCGUCGUCUCUCAGGCGUGUCUUGCUGGCGUCUCUCUGCUCUGCGUUUCGCAUAACUUGAGAAAGCAUGGGAUUCGAAAGUUUCUCUUCGUUGAUCAGCUCAGCGGUCGCAUGGGGCGGCUCAAGGCUCAGUAUAUUCAGCAAAUCUCGAACUCUGUGAGACUGCUUGCACUUUGGUCACUCCCCUGUUUCGGACUAAAAGCUGUUCGAGAGAUUAUCCGGAUGCUAUACGUGCCUCAUGACCAGCCAUGGCUCUCUGUUUUGAUUCUCUUGUCUAUGAUCUUGUCAUGGACUUACUUAAGCACUAUCUUUCUAGCUGCGAGUGCCAUGUUUCAUCUGGUAUGCAACUUGCAAGUCAUUCACUUCGAAGACUACGCAAAGCUCUUAGACGGAGAGUCUGAGAUCUCUCUUUUCAUCUACGAGCACAUCCGUUUGCGUCAUUACCUCUCUAAGAUAAGCCACAGGUUCCGCAUCUUUCUGCUUCUACAGUUUCUGGUCGUCACGGUUAGCCAGUUUACCACGCUUUUCCAGACCACCGCGUAUAGCGGAACUAUCACGUAUAUAAACGGUGGUGACUUCGCGGUCUCGGCGGUGGUCCAAGUUGUUGGGAUUAUUUUAUGUCUGCACGCAGCAACGAAGAUAUCUCACAGAGCACAAGCGAUAGCAUCAGUUGCAAGUAAAUGGCAUGCGAUAAUGUCUUGCUCAUCUACUGAUGCAACUCAGAUAAGGACUUCUCCUAGUGGAGCUCACUUGGAGGCCACCACGAAUCCACCAAUCUCCUUCCAGAUUUCCCAUUCGGAAAGCGAUGUGGAGUCAAUGGAUCACUACAUGAGGAUGCCUGCUAAUAAUAACAACCACUUCCCUUCUUACAUGUCCAUGUCUGCAUACCAUAAAAGACAAGCUUUUGUGUUGUAUUUGCAGAUGAAUCCAGGAGGGAUAACGAUAUUCGGCUGGACAGUGGACAGACAUUUGAUAAACACAAUAUUCUUCAUUGAGCUCUCUCUAGUUACCUUUGUACUUGGGAAGACUAUAGUUUUCAGUCCUGAAUGACUCGGACAAGAAAAAGGUGUGGUAUAUUAAACACAAGGCUUUACCCUUUUUGCCAACUAUAGUGAAUUUUUUGCAAUUAAUAUGAGAAGAAACUGAACACAGGUUUCUCAUAAUUUGUUUACGUCUAGUGUGUAUAAUAAGUUUUUUUUAUGAGGUUUUAGAACUACAUAGUACAUACUUGUUGGAACUUGUUACACGAUCUUAUAUAGACUGUUGUUUUUAGCA